AUAUUUGACGAUCUUUUGCUGAUUUUGUGUGUUUGUGUUUACUUGAAACCAGUGCACAUUGAACACGCGAGUUUCGCCAACGAAACAGUACUACUAAUCACCAUCCUCGUAAUCAUCAUCAUCCAAACCCAAAAACCCAGAACCACCUCGAAACCCACUAAUCGUCCACCGCCGCCGCCGCCGCCGGGGCCAUGGAAGCUCCCGGUCAUCGGAAACCUCCACCAGCUGGUCACCGACGGCGGAGCAAGCCAGCUCCACCGCCGCCUCGCCGAGCUGGCGAGGCGGUACGGCCCCGACGUCAUGCACCUCCAGCUCGGGGAGCUGUCCCACGUCAUCAUCUCAACCCCCGAGGCCGCCAGGCUGGUGAUGAAGACCCACGACACGACGUUCGCCUCCCGGCCGUUCCUCUUCGCGACUAGCAUCAUGUUCGGCGGCAGCCCCCUACGGCGAGCAGUAGCGCCAGAUGCGCAAGAUCUGCACGCUGGAGCUCUUCAGCGCCAAGCGGGUCGGGUCGUUUCGCUGGAUCAGGGAACAAGAGGUGGCCAACCUGGUCAAGACGCUUCGAACCGGGACGAAACGUUUCUCGAGGUUGCUCAGAACUUUGGGGAUGUUACUGCGGGUUUCAGAACCUCGGACUUAUAUCCUUCUCUUACAUUCCUUCCCGCCCUUACUGGAUUCAAAGACAAACUCGAGAAGAUGCGUCUAGAAGCCGAUUCCAUAUUCGACGCCAUUAUAGAUGAGAGGAGAUCUCAGAGAUCUUCAAUGUCUAGCAGUAGUGAUGGCGAAGUAGUGGAAGACUAUCUUCUAGAUGUUCUUCUGAAUCUUCAUGAAAACCCAAGUCGGCUUGGAUACCCGUUAACCAUGGAAGUCGUCAAAGCAGUCACUUUGGAACUUUUCAUCGCCGGCAUCGAAACUUCGGCCAAAGUGAUCGAAUGGACGAUGUCAGAAAUGAUUAAACAUCCAGAAGUGAUGCGGAAAGCACAAACAGAAGUCAGGGAAGCAUUCGGCGAGAAGGGCGGCGACGUCGAGGAAGCAAGCCUUCAUCGAUUGAAGUACUUGGACAAUGUCAUCAAAGAGAGCUUGAGAUUGCACCCUCCGGGCCCUUUACUUCUUCCGAGAGAGAACCGCGAGAGCGUCGAACUAUGUGGAUACCACGUCCCCGCCAAGACCAAAGUGUUUGUGAAUGCUUGGACGAUCAAUCGGGAUCCUCGCUACUGGUCUGAAGCGGAGGCAUUCUGUCCCGAGAGAUUCGAUGAUCGUGUGAUCGAUUACAAAGGCAACGAUUUCCAGUUCAUUCCAUUUGGUGCGGGGAGAAGGAUAUGUCCCGGAUUUGAUUUCGGAGUGGAAGUUGUGAAGCUGACUCUGGCCAAUCUGAUCUUUCAUUUCAACUGGAAACUCCCCGGGGAGAUGAGACCAGAGAGUCUUGAUAUGACUGAACGCUUGGGGGCAUCUGUAGGGAGGGAAUAUGCUUUGUUGGUGAUUCCAGUUCCAUACCACGAAAAUUGA